AUGUUUGCCACUGCAGUAAGUUACAUGGGCCUCUGUGUGCCCAGGCUCCUGCAAGCAUUCGAGGAGGAGUUCGGUUCAGACGGGGUCAUCGGGCUCCACCUUUUUCUGAUUAGCCUCUCCAUCCUCCUGCUCCUGUUCUGGGCCAUCCAUUUGUGUAAAGACGAUGUAAGUGGGCGCCACCAGUAGGGAGAGACGUUACUUCUUUAUGUAGUCUAAUGGUGUUUGACGCGGAACUGUCAGUCAGGGUGUGACAAACUGCCCACAAACCAGGGCUAUAUAUUUAGAGAGUUAGGACAACUUUUAGAAUUUUGAAUAUUCUAGACAUUCAGUUACAUAGGGUUGUUUAGCUAACAUGGCUGCCAUAGAAUGUUGAAGUGUUAUGUAAAUGCAUCAUACUGCAGAAACCGCAUUGGCCCAACUCUCUAAAUUCAUGGCUCUGCCACAAACUGUCCCACUUCCCAAAAACAUGAGAACUCUAUAGCUGGAUAGACAGUGGCGCUGUCCUUUCAGCACUGCAGAGUAACUACCACUAUUUAUAAACUGGAUGGUUGGAGCCCUGAAUGCUGAUUGGCUGAAAGCUGUGGUAUAUCAGACCACAUACCAUGGGUAUGACAAAACAUUUAUUUUUACUGCUCUAAUUACGUUGGUAACCAGUUUAUAAUAGCAAUAAAGCACCUCAGGGGUUUGUGGUAUAUUGCCAAUAUACCACGGCUAAGGGCAAACUCCCUAGAAAGGCAAAACCUAGGAAGAAACCUAGAGAGGAACCAGGCUAUGAGGGGUGGCCAGUCCUCUUCUGGCUGUGCCGGGUGGAGAUUAUAACAGAACCAUGCCAAGAUGUUCAAAAAUGUUCAUAAGUGACAAGCAUGGUCAAAUAAUAAUCAGGAAUAAAUCUCAGUUGGCUUUUCAUAGCCGAUCAUUAGAGUUUAAAACAGCAGGUCUGGGACAGGUAGGGGUUCCAUAACCGCAGGCAGAACAGUUUAAACUGGAAUAGCAGCAAGGCCAGGCGGACUGGGGAUAGCAAGGAGUCACCACGGCCGGUAGUCCCGACGUAUGGUCCUAGGGCUCAGGUCUCUCAGUUGGCUUUUCAUAGCCGAUCAUUUAGAGUUGAAAACAGCAGGUCUGGGACAGGUAGGGGUUUCGUAGCCGCAGGCAGAACAGUUGAAACUGGAAUAGCAGCAAGGCCAGGCGGACUGGGGGCAGCAGGGUGUCAUCAUGCCCGGUAGUCCUGACGUAUGGUCCUAGGGCUCAGGUUCUCAGAGAGAAAGAGAGAACGAGAGAAUUAGAGAGAGCAUACUUAAAUUCACACAGGACACUGGAUAAGACAGGAGAAGUACUCCAGGUAUAACCAACUAACCCCAGCCCCCCGACACAUAAACUACUGCAGCAUAAAUACUGGAGGCUGAGACAGGAGCGGUCCGGAGACACUGUGGCCCCAUCCGAAGAAACCCCCGGACAGGGCCAAACAGGAAGGAUAUAACCCCACCCACUCCGCCAAAGCACAGCCCCCGCACCACUAGAGGGAUAUCCCCAACCACCAACUUACAAUCCUGAGACAAGGCCGAGUAUAGCCCACAGAGGUCUCCACCACAGCACAAACCAAGGGGGGGGGGGCGCCAACCCAGACAGGAAGAUCACGUCAGUAACUCAACCCACUCAAGUGACGCACCCCUCCCAGGGACGGCAUGAAAGAGCACCAGCAGGCCAGUGACUCAGCCCCUGCAACAGGGUUAGAGGCAGAGAACCCCAGUGGAGAGGGGAACCGGCCCGGCAGAGACAGCAAGGGCUGUUCGUUGCUCCAGCCUUUCCGUUCACCUUCACACUCCUGGGCCAGACUACACUCAAUCAUAUGACCUACUGAAGAGAUAAGUCUUCAGUAAAGACUUAAAGGUUGAGACCGAGUCUGCGUCUCUCACAUGGGUAGGCAGACUGUUCCAUAGAAAUGGAGAUCUAUAGGAGAAAGCCCUGCCUCCCGCUGUUUGCUUAGAAAUUCUAGGGACAAUUAGGAGGCCUGCGUCUUGUGACCGUAGCGUACGUAUUGGUAUGUACGGCAGGACCAACUCGGAAAGAUAGGUAGGAGCAAGCCCAUGUAACGCUUUAUAGGUUAACAGUAAAACCUUGAAAUCAGCCCUUGCCUUAACAGGAAGCCAGUGUAGGGAAGCUAGCACUGGAGUAAUAUGAUCAAAUUUCUUGGUUCUAGUCAGGAUUCUAGCAGCCGUAUUUAGCACUAACUGAAGUUUAUUUAGUGCUUUAUCCGGGUAGCCGGAAAAUAGAGCAUUGCAGUAGUCUAAUCUAGAAGUAACAAAUGCAUGGAUUAAUUUUUCUGCAUCAUUUUUGGACAGAAAAUUUCUGAUUUUUGCAAUGUUACGUAGAUGGAAAAAAGCUGUCCUUGAAACAGUCUUGAUAUGUUCGUCAAAAGAGAGAUCAAAAGAGAGAUGUAUCCAGGCACUCCUUGUUGGGUCUUGCAUAAGAACAGCCCUUAGCCGUGGUAUAUUGGCCAUAUACCACACCCCGUCAGGCCUUAUUGCUUAAAUACAGUACCUUGCAAAAGUAUUAAUUCCUAUUUUGUUGCAUUACAAGCUGUAAUUUAAAUGGAUUUCAUGUAAUGGACAUACACAAAAUAGUCCAAAUUGGUGAUGUGAAAUGAAGAAAAUUACUAAGUGUCACAUGAUCUCAGUAUAUAUAUAUAUACACACACACACGUUCUGAAAUGCCCCAGUCUGCAACACCACUAAGCAAGGGGCACCACCAAGCAAGCGGCACCAUGAAGACCAAGGAGCUCUCCAAACAGGGGUUGGGUUAUAAAAAAAUAUCAGAAACUUUGAACAUCCCACAGAGCACCAUUAAAUCCAUUAUAAAAAUAGAAAUAAUAUGGCACCACAACAAACCUGCCAAGAGAGGGCCGCCCACCAAAACUCACGUACCAGGCAAGGAGGGCAUUAAUCAGAGAGGCAACAAAGAGACCAAAGAUAACCCUGAAGGCGCUGCAAAGCUCCACAGUGGAGAUUGGAGUAUCUGUCCAUAUGGCCACUUUAAGCCGUACACUCCACAGAGCUGGGCUUUACACCAGUGGAACCCAUCCAACUUGAAGAAUGGGCAGAAAUCCCAGUGGCUAGAUGUGCCAAGCUUAUAGAGACAUACCCCAAGAGACUUGCAGCUGUAAUUGCUGCAAAAGGUGGCUCUACAAAGUAUUGACUUUGGGGGGGUGAAUAGUUAUGCACGCUCAUGUUUUCUAUUUUGUCUUAUUUGUUUCACAAGAAAAAAUAUUUUUCAUCUUCAAAGUGGUAGGCAUGUUGUGUAAAUCAAAUAAUACAAUCUCCCAAAAAUCAAUUUUAAUUCCAGGUUGUAAGGCAACAAAAUAGGAAAAAUGCCAAGGGGGGUGAAUACUUUCGCUAGCCACUGUAUAUAUACAGUAUAUAUACGAGUGCUGUCCAUUCAGUGGUGCUGAAGGAAGGCCACGGCCUACGCAUGCAUGCGCUAGAACAUUUUAACUUCCUCAUUUUGCAAUUGUUUGCCAUGUGUCAUUGUACAGAAUGUAUAUUUCAAAAUCCUUAUUGUACACAUUUUUUAUUUAUUUCAACAGGAUGAUGUCUUCGGCGACAUUGACCAGUAAGUUUCAUCCUUCAUAAUUAAUUGUGAAUUCAAAGAGCUCUUUCAUGUGGGUAAAACAUUUGUAAAAAUCAUGAGAAUGAAUGGCUCUGAACUUAAAUUAAACCCAGUCUUAAAUGUUCUCUUGCAGAGAGCUGGUCAAUAACUUCACAGAGGGAGUUCAUCUCUACUACAGCUACCUCCAACGACUGGAGGAACUAACGUUACAUAUGGAGGACCUCACCACUGAGGUGGACCUGGACUCCUGCUCUGACUCCCAAUCGUGCUUUGACUCAUGCUCAUCCAGAUCAUCUUCUAGAUCACAUUCUAGAUAUUCUAGAUCCUCCAGAUCUAGUGACUGCAGCAAAUGCCGAACCUGCAAUAAAAGGCGGAAACAGCAUCCAUGUGACAGGUUUAAAUUCCUGAAAGGCGGUAGUCCAGAUAGUCCCAGCCCUCUGGUUAGUCCUAGCCCACUGGCUAAGCCCUGCCUCAAGCUACCAGGAGGUGGUGAUGAUAAGGACAGUCACCAUGGCUGCACGCACACCUCCUGCAGCUCCUCUAUGUACGUGACUCCUUCUGACUCCCUUCUACCUCUGGAAUACCAGCCCUGCCCUCGUCAGCUUACUGCUAUUGGUUGGAGGCUAAACUGGACUCUGAUGGAGGCCAAACUGAACUCUCCUGUCGCUGUGCCUGUUGCUGCUGCUUCUACUGUCACUGGCUGUAAAGACAGAGCUGCCUGCCGCACAGACCACGCAGACCGCUACAGGACUCCGACUGUGAGACAUAUUCCAAUGGUGAGACAGCUGUUUGAGGCCGUGCCGAGGAAAGGACACCCGGCCGUCCUGUGCCUCUGGCACCGCAGACACUUUGAACUCAACGUGACACAGAAGGUCUGUAAAAAAUAAUAAUUUUACUGUUACAAUGUCCCAAAUGGGACCUUAUUUCCUACAUAGUGCACUAUAUAGGAAAUAAGGUGCCAUUUGAGACACCCACUUCUGUUAAAUGUCUGGUUGAUGAGUUACUGGUUAAGUGUUUGUCUAACUGUCUAAUUUCCUCCUCUGAGUUGAAUAACUCUAAUCUAUAAUCUAAGGUGGCCCGCAAGCGCUGGAGGAUUGCCGUGCUGAUGAUCUCCAUCAUUAGGUGGCUGCUCCCCGAGAGACUGGAGGGAGGAGGCACCACCAGCUCAACCUCCACCACUGCGUCCACCCCGACCACCACCACUACCACCUCAGUAACCUCUCAGGCUAAGAAAGGAUCCAAGAUCAUCAGGAAAACUGCCAGUGUUCCAGCCUUCUGCCCUCAUGUUGCCAACCCUCCAUCUCCCUCCCAGGCUCCAUGCCAGUCUCCAGGGUUGGAGGGUAAACCCAAGUCCAUCAUGAUGUACACUCAGAGCGCCAGGAUCCCCUUCAUUUCCCAGGAGGUCCGAGAGAAGCUUGAGUCUCAUGUUUGCCGUAAGCAGAGCCAGCGCCUCUGGGGCUUCCCCAAACUGGUCACCAGGUACAUGGGCGACCUUGCGCCUCAGCAGCUCCCCACCACCGGCAGCGCAGGCGACGGGAAGAUCAUGGGCAACGUGACCGACCGUCAGGCGGUGUUCUCUGGACGAGCGCACCGCAACACAGAGUUCAGGUUGAAGAACAAAACUACAAGGCCAGCGGAGGAUCCGCAGGCAGCUGCAGCCGCAGCAGCAGCCGCAGCCGCAGCGAAGGACAGCUCACCAGUCACCAGACCUGUGGAGAAGACUACCACCACCAGCACUGUGCUCCAGCCAGCCGAGACCCACGCUACCAAACCCCCCCACACCAGACCCUCUCUGAACCAGACCUCCCCUGUGGUGAGCUUGACCCCGGAGAGACGCUGGCUGGAGGAGAAGGUGAGGAGUAAGUGUAUGGAGGUGAAGCUCAAACACUUUCCCGGCAUGGUGGCCCAGUCAUACCACUCCGCCUUUGCUUCGGCAACCAGCCAGCCAACCAUGAAACCCACCCAGGUGGCAGAAGCCCCCGCUGUUUUUCGGAAACGCACCGCCCCACUCAGACGGAGGGAUAAGGUAUUGUUCAUGGACCAGGAGGAGCUGAGGCGCCUGGAGGACAACCUGAUCAUGAAACACAUGGAGCACCUUCACAGGCAGGGAGUGACCACCGCCUCAACCCCCUCGGCCCACACCCAGGGAGUGACGACCUCUUCGGCCCCCCCGCAAAGCUCUCACAGCCUGGCUCUAGAGACCUCGACCCACACCACCACUGUCUCACAUCCCCAUCCUGCCCUCAUGAAACAGCUGGUGUUGGUGAAUGGUUUGGAAGGAGGCGUUGGGGAGCGCAAGACCCUGCUGGCUCCACAGCAGCACCAGGUAAAGCCUAGCUCAGCCGCAGCCAAGGUGGUAUCAGGACCCGCUGAUUCUGCAGUAUCAUCCAGCACUGAGGCUCAGAGGUCCAGCAGGCUCCCUCUGCCUCCUUUGAUUAGGCCUCCCUCUUGUUUUAUUUCUGCAUAUUUUACCUAA